AUGGGCCAGCUGGCCCGUGCGUUUGGUGCGUUUGGCGGACAUCGUGGGCAGAACCCUCCCCUCGACAGUGGCAACCGCGGAGCUUCGCUGUCUUCUGUUGCCCCGUUGUUUCUUGGAUUCUUGCGACGGGCAAGGUCGGGUUCAAGAUGUGUACUCGACAAGUGGACGCGACAGAUCAACGUCACUGACAAGACAUACCUAGUCGGCCCUGUUCAACUUCCAAUCGCUGCUGCUGGUGUUCCUUCUCAUAAUAUGCACCAGCGCCUAUGCACACUCAAUUAUGCCCGGAAUCAUGGAUCGCAAUCAACAUGGGGUUCGAUCUUCUUCGGUGGUUAA